AUUCAAUCCUCUCUCUUUAUUUAACCAUCGCGAACCUUCUUCAUCUCCUCCCAAACACCACCCUUCUCGCCAAAGCAAUCCCCCCAAAUCCACCGCCGCCGAUCCAGUACUCCGCGCCACUCCCUCAUUCCCCGUACUCCUCCUACGUGUCAUCAUCUCAUUGGUCACUGCACCACCAUUCCAGAUCCUGAAAACCAGAACGAUUUUGGCAAUGGCGAGACUACUCUACAGAUUGUCGACGAUUGUUCUCUUGGCUCUUAUCUCAGUCCGCUUCGCUGUAUCUGCAGAUCCACCAUCUCCGACUCCGGCCCCUGAAAUCGGCGCCGACUCGCUCUCUUCGUCCCCUGAAUCCGGAGCCCCGGAGACUCCUUCGCCUUUGCCGGAAUUUAGUUCUCCUCCGGCGCCUCCGCCGUCGGAUCUAGCUCCUGGUUCAACGCCAUCGCCAUCGCCAUCGCCUGAUAAUUCUCCGUCUCCGUCUCCGUCUCCGUCCGUGGCGAGCGACCUUGCUGCCGAGAAGAGCGAUAUGAAUGCGGAUUCUGAGGAUUCGAAUCAGUCGUCGGAAGGAAUGAAAGGUGGACAGAAGGCUGGGAUUGUGCUUGGAGUGAUCGCCGGAGCGUGUCUCGUAGGGUUCGGAGGGAUGGUGUACAAGAAACGGCAGCAGAACAUCCAGCGCUCUCAGUACGGGUACGCCGCCAGGGGAGAGUUUCUCUAGAUAUAUAUACAUUGUCUACGUAUAUUAAUCGAUUGUUAAUCGUAUCUUCUACAGUGAUUUUGUUACAUUAAGCUUGAUUAUGAUGAUUUUUUUUUUGAUUCUUUAGUGGUUAUAUAAUAAAUUUUGAAUAAUUUUUUAUUCCCCCUACUUAGGAGUAGAAUUUGUUAGUUAGACAUUUGUUGAUGAUUUACUCUUGAAUUUGGACUUCACUGUUGGUUUGGUUCCUUGUCUUUGCCAACUUCGAUCAGCUUGAUUUUCUUUCUGAAUAUAUGUGAAGUUUGCUUC